ACACCUUCUCCAUCUCCUCGCCCUUGCCAACCAGGAACCCUGCCCAGACUGCGUUUAUCAACAAUACUCUCCCCUCAACUUUCAUCGUUUCCUGUGAAGAACAACCCCCAGGAUAGCUUCGGGUAUAGAAGCAGGACCAGAAUCAGAGCAUUUGGACUCGAGUAGGAGGGAUACGAGGGCUCUUCUCCAGGAACAGGAUACAUAUCCCGCACUUACAAUAUGAUCAGCGCACUCUUUAUCUACAACCAAAAAGGCGAAGUCCUGAUAUCCCGGCUCUACCGCCAGGAUCUCAAACGUUCAAUCGCAGAUAUCUUCCGCAUCCAAGUUAUCUCCAACACGGAUGUGCGUUCGCCCAUCAUCACCUUGGGUUCAACAUCGUUCUUCCACGUCCGACACGAGAACUUGUACAUUGUCGCAUUGACCAAAUGGAACUCCAAUGCUGCCUUGAUCUUCGAGUUCUGUUAUCGUGUCAUCAAUAUCGGCAAGUCAUACUUUGGAAAGUUCGACGAGGAAGCCGUCAAGGCUAACUUUGUCUUGAUCUAUGAACUGCUCGAUGAGGUGCUUGAUUUCGGAUACCCACAGAACAGUGAGGCGGACACGCUGAAGAUGUAUAUCACCACCGAGAGUGUCAAAUCAGAGCGGGCGAUCAAGGAAAAUUCUGCAAACAUCACCAUCCAGGCCACGGGUGCCACGUCCUGGAGACGGAGCGACGUCAAGUACAGGAAGAACGAGGCUUUCAUUGAUGUCAUUGAGUCGGUCAAUUUGCUGUUGAGUGCACAGGGCAAUGUUCUUAGGGCUGAUGUGGCGGGACAGAUCAUGAUGAGGGCGUAUCUUUCUGGAACGCCAGAGUGCAAAUUCGGUUUAAACGAUAAGGUCUUGUUGGAGAAGGAUCCAUCGAACAGAAAGCGAACAUCCAAUACAGUGGAAAUUGAUGAUUGUCAAUUCCACCAGUGUGUCAAAUUGGGCAAAUUCGACAGCGACCGGACCAUCAGCUUUAUACCUCCUGACGGCGAGUUUGAGCUUAUGAGGUAUCGCACGUCGGACAAUAUCAACCUACCGUUCAAGGUCCAUCCAGUAGUGACGGAAGUUGGCAAAUCAAAGAUUGAGUACCGGAUUCUGGUCAAGGCCAACUUUUCGUCGAAGCUGUACGCGAACAAUGUAAUCCUCAACAUCCCCACCCCACUUAACACUGCAGGAGUUACCUGCUCGGCCUCGACAGGCAAGGCGAAAUAUGUCCCUGCUGAGAACUCGAUUGUUUGGAAGAUCCCUCGCUUCCAGGGUCAAUCCGAGUUCAUGCUCACGGCAGAAGCGGACCUGACGGCGAUGACACACAAGAAGGCAUGGUCGCGUCCGCCGAUUUCGAUGGAUUUCCAAGUGCUCAUGUUCACAUCUUCGGGUCUGCUGGUUCGGUUCCUGAAGGUGUUUGAGAAGAGUAACUAUAAUUCUGUCAAAUGGGUGCGAUACAUGACCAAGGCUGGCAACUAUCAGAUUCGGUUUUAAAUGUACGAGCCAUUCUGGGCAGCACACGUGCCCUUAGUACUGCGUAGUGCAAAGCGCGACGGGUCAUGGGCUACUAAUGGACAAAGAGAGCAGGCUUAUAGAUGGGUGCACAAUCAAACACCAUGUAGUAAUAAACAACAGG